AUGAGUCCCAAAAGGAGUCUCAGUCUCAGGGAAAGGUAUAUAUGUGCGUUAGGUCUACGGCUUAACGUCAUAUUGAAGGAUACAGAAAAUAUUCCUUCUGAAAUUAAGGAGGAACUUUUGACACAUCUAUCCGAUGCGGUAAGAUUAUUCACCAAUUUAUUCCAUAGACUGACAAUGUCGAGAAGGAACUGCAUUCUUCUUUUACUGAGCGAAAAUAUAAAAGAGGUUGUAGAGAAGUCCCAUCCUACAGACCUGUUAUUCGGAGAUAAUCUCUCUGAACAUGUUAAAUCUGCAAAACACAUUGUUAGCUUAAGCAAGGCUCUGUGCCCAGCCCCAAAAAACUUAACUGCUGUUAGGAAAUGUCAAAAGAAGGAGGGGGGCACAACCUAUUAA